CAAAGACUACCCCUCUUAUACCCCCAAAAUUCACGCUUAUUCGCCAGCGUGUUAAUAUAGAGAGAUUUUUUUGUUUUCCAAACGUGCAUUAUCGGAGAUUUCAAAAUGGAAGACAGCUACAGGCCGGAGACACCGCCGGGAAGUUGCACUAAUGAGUUGACCCGGUUGAAUUCAAGCGCGUCAUCUUUAACUUUUGCCAAUUCCAACGAUACUUUGCUGCCGAGUGGAAAUGCUACCACGGACAAGAACACAGGAUGGACAAAUGAGAAGCACAAUACAUUUCUAGACUGUCUUGAAGCAUCAUUUGUAAAGCAGUUACACAGCUUCAUGGCAUCACAUGACGAGAGCUGCAGCGAUUUGUCUGAAAAGCUAUCUGCACAUGUCAACAAAGCUUCGGAGCAGUUUCCUGCUCUGCAUGAUGUCAGUUGGAAGAAGAUGAUUACUCUGAGGAAGCCACCUGUUGUGGAUAGUGCACCUGAUUCUCAUGAUUGCCCAAAAUUUCUACACAGUGAUGGACAGCAUCACAUUCUGGAUAUCCAAUUUUGUUGUAAACUCCAUAGCAAGGAGAAACGAAGGAAAGAUAAGAGGUCUUCAUCUUGUGGACACGGAACAAGAUCACAUUUAAUCCUAUCCGAAUCUGCAGGACUUAGGAAAAAAGUUUGUAGACUUACUGAAGGUUCUGGUCAAAAUUUUGUGGAUGAAGAUUUUGAAGAAAACUCGAGCUGCAAAAAGAUGAAGACAGCUUUGGUGGACACUACAGACCAAGAGCAAAUUGUUCCAACAAGGUAUCUUGGAGUCCAGGAGUUGCUAGUUCCAUGUCCCAGAGAAAUAACCAAUUAAAUCUUGGAAGUUCAUCAGAAAACAACCAAAGGAGCUAAUUCCAUGUUCCAGAGAAAUGAUCAAGUAAAAUCCGAAAGUUCAUCAGGAGACUGAUGGAUUUGAGUGUCCUCAGACUGCUAUGAGCCGUUGUUGAAAUGCAGCUGAGGGGUGGGUAAAUCUGGAGAACACUGAGUCACAAAGACAAGCAGUUGGUAUUUGCUGGGGGCAUCUCUAAAGGAUAACUUAAGCGAAUUUGAGAAGGUGCUAUUGGAUUAGAUUAGAUUUGUUACAAGAAAGUCAGUAGUGUUGGCGUAUCAAAUUUGGUUAAUAAUAUAGAGUAGGAAAAAGUAUAGCGUACAUUUGCAGAGGUUUGCAGUAUUGCACUACAAAUGUAAAUGAUAGUAGUAGUAGAUAAUUAUCUAUACACACAAGUAUUUUGCAAGAAAAAGAAGGGAGAAAUCAUUAAUUUUGUCAAUUUUGUGAUCUCUGUGAUCUAUCUAUAGAGUAGAUGUCUCUAUGAACUUCAGCUGGAGAACUGUAUCUGAUUCUUUUGUUUUCAUUCUUUUUUUCCCUUGCGUUUGUGAUCUUGAACCCCAUACAGUUUCAUGUAUGCAUAAUCAAAGGAACUCUUCGAUUAUUUGUA